AUGGUUACUGAUAUAGAGAAACAGAAGCCUUUUGGGCCUCAUGAUGGAAUAAUUACGGUACAAUCUAGUGAAUACCUACCUGAGGAUACUGUUAGCAAAGACUCAUUUGUAGAUGAGGAACCCAUCGCUUUGGAGCAAGGCCAUCGUUUGCAUAAGGACUUGAAACCCCGACAUAUUACAAUGAUUGCAAUCGGAGGAGCUCUUGGAACCGGUUUGCUUAUCGGUACUACUUCUGCGUUGGCGACAGCUGGUCCUGCUGGUGUUCUUAUUGCAUAUUCCAUUGUGGGUGCAGUUGUCUACUUUGUCAUGUGUGCACUUGGUGAGAUGGCAUCUUUCAUUCCCCUGCCGGAGGGAUUUUCUGGUUAUUCCAAGAGAUAUUGUGACGAUGCUUUGGGAUUUGCAGUUGGAAUUGCAUAUCUUUGCAAGUACUUAAUUGUUGCACCUAACCAGUUGGUGGCAUUUGCGUUAACCAUGCAAUAUUGGGUUUCACCGGACACCGUUAAUCCUGGUGUCUGGGUUGCGAUCGUUCUUGUUUGUGUGUUCUGUGUCAACCUUCUUGGGGUGGGUUUUUUCGGAGAGAUUGAAUUUUAUUUAUCGUCUUUGAAGGUGAUAGUUGUUCUUGGACUUAUAUUAUUGCUAUUAGUCAUAAUGCUUGGUGGUGGUCCAACUCAUGAACGGUUGGGAUUCACCUACUGGAAGGAUCCAGGAGCCUUCGCUGACUAUACGAAUAUUGAGCCCACUUCUUUAGCUAAGCUUGUUUCAUUUUUAGCCGUGCUAGUCACGGCAGUCUUUGCAUAUUUGGGUACAGAAUUGGUUGGAAUUACUUUUGGAGAAGCUAGAAACCCUAGAUAUACCAUUAAAAAGGCCAUCAAACUUACGCUGAUUAGAAUCAUUGUUUUCUACAUUUUUUCUGUUCUCUUAUUGGGUUGCUGUGUUGCUUACAAUGAUCCUGCAUUGAUUGCAGCUAAGGAGGCAAAGAUUUCUAACGCUGCCGCAUCCGCUUUUGUUGUUGCUAUCAACAAUGCAAAAAUUGGUGGUCUUCCAGAUGUCAUGAACGCUUGCAUUCUCAUCUUUAUAUUUUCUGCUACCAAUUCUGACCUUUACAUUGCCACCAGAAACAGCUACGCUUUGGCUGCAAAUGGUAUGUUUCCUAAGAUUUUUUCCAGAACAAACAAGAAAGGUGUCCCUAUAUACUCUCUCAUAUUUGCAUCAUGCUUCUGUUUGUUGGCAUUUAUGGUUUGUUCUAGCUCGUCUCAGAAGGUGGUCAAUUAUUUCGUCAAUGUUGUGUCCAUCUUCGGAUUGAUUACGUGGAUAUCUAUUCUAGUCACUUACUUGUACUUCCUCAAGGCCGUGAAAGCACAAGGGUACGUUAGAAAGAGGGAUUUCAUUUAUACAGCUCCUUUGCAACCGUAUGGUACCUAUGUCGCUUUGGCUUUGUGUUGCGCAAUUGCUAUAGUCAAAAACUUUACUGUCUUUCUUGGUGACGCUUUUGAUUACAAGACAUUUAUUACUGGAUAUAUUGGUAUCCCUGUGUUUUUAAUUUGCUUGUUUGGAUAUAAGAUUGUCAAGAAGACCAAGACGGUUAUACCGGAAGAAGCGGAUCUUGUUACAUAUAAAGCAGCUAUCGACCAGGAGCAACUUGAGUAUGAGGAAAAAGUUGCUGAUAAGGAAGCUAGAAGAAAGGAGCUCGGCAAAGGAAAAGAUUGGGAAUGGUGGUACGACCAUUCAGUCGGUUAUUUAUUUUAA